GGAAAUUCGAAUUCAUCUGGCGGUAGCAGUGCGCCACCACGUCCACCACCACCGAAAGUAACACCGAAUGCAGCGAAUCCGUUCGAUGUGGAAUCGCCUAUACCAGCACCACGCAGUGUCGGCACUCUCCAAGCUACAAGAGAAGCAACAACUGGCGCUGCACCGCAAAAUCUCAGUUAUCAGCAACCGCCUCAGCAACAGCUCCAGCAGCAACAGUUCGCACCUUUUGGUAACUGUUGAAAUCAUUUCCACUGCUGAGGGGUUUUUUUUGCUCACGAUUUCUUUUUUUUUACCGUAA